GGAGAAUAACUGCUUCAAAACUGAAAGCUGUUUGCAGGACAAAUAAAAAAUCGCCUUCUCUGUCGCUUAUUAAAAGCAUAUGCUAUACAGUAAACUCUGCAUUUUACACAAAAGCAACAUAAUGGAGAUUAAGAGCAUGAAUCUGUUGCUGUUGGAAAAUACCAAAAAGUAAUGGAGGAACAACAUGAAAAUUUAAUGAUCAACGAUGUGGGCCUCGUUGUAAGUUCCAGGUAGCCACAAUUGGGAGCAUCUCCAGAUAGAAUAGUGUAUUGUGAGUGUUGUUUAGGAGGAGUGUUGGAAGUAAAAAGUCCUUAACUUUCAUAUAAAAAUGGCACUAAAGAUAUUAGGGAAUAUUAUAGUUUUAAAAACUCUUGCCUAAUUCUAAAAGGUAAUAAAAUCAUAUUAAAACGUGAUCAUUCGUACUAUUAUCAAGUACAAAUGCUUGUGUGCAAUUUGAAAUAUAACGACUUUGUAAUUUGGUCUCUAUUUAUUUUUUUUACUGAAAGAAUAUUUCCAGACUUACAUUUUUGGAAUACAAAUUCAAAAAUUGCCUUAAAAUUUCAUACCGAAAUUAUAAUGCCAGAACUUUUGGGUAAAUAUUCAACAAGAAAAGAAGGAUCUACAAAAUUGAUUUUUUGGUGCAAAUGUAAGAGUGUUGAUGAUGGAACGCCAAUGAUUUGCUGCGAUAAUAACAAGUGCCAAAUUAAAUGGCUUCAUUUUAUAUGUGUAGGCCUUUCAAAUAUGCCAAAUACAGAAUGGAUUUGUGACUUUUGUAAAUAGUAUCAAUUUUAUACUAUGCUAGACCGAAAAAUUAUCUGGACAUUUUAUUUUCGUCCCGCAAAGUUUUUUCUUCGGUUUUUAACUCUUUAAACA